AUGCCGAUGGACGUCUUUGCCGAUGUCGUGGGCGUGCGACCACCGGCGCCUAUUAUACUGCUCGACGAGGAGCAGCAGCGAAUUCUGCGUGAAGGCCCCAACGAUCGUACGAAUCAAAGGGAUGAAGGCCAGCAACAACAGCGGCCCCCGUCGGCCGGCAAUGGCUUGUUCGUGCCUCCAAUGCGGCCGAUAUCGCAGCAUGUUUUACCCCAGGCACCCCCGCCACCCACAACUAACUAUCUCCGCACCGACUUUACUACUAAUAAUCGUCAUCCACCUUUCACUCGCUCUACGAACCCCCGGACAAGUCGUGAACAAAGCAUGGACGGCAUCCGAACAAACAUCACCAACCGGCAGAAUCCAAACCCAGUAGCGGCUUACAUGAAGGAUCACGCGCCGAGCAAUACCGAAAGCGGCAACUCGUUGUUCGCUCCAACUGACUACGAUGACGUCGAGCCUACUGCAAUGCCUUUCAUAUCAAGUACUGAAUGUCCGGUGGAAGAACGACCAGACCCAACAAAGGGAUUUCGAGGCAACAGGAGCAAUCUCAAGUUGUCGGUGAGGUACAUGAUCAUCGGAGCUGUGGUAGGAAUCGCCCUCGGCGUUGUAUUCGCUGAACUCGGUAUUUCAGACAUCGCGGCGCAGUGGAUUUUGCUACCAGGUGACUUGUUCUUGCGAGCUCUUAACGCUCUUGUGGUGCCAUAUGUGUUCUGCUCAGUGGCAGUAGCGGUGGGAGACAUCGUAUUCGUCGGUAAAGUUUCGAUCAUCGUAACGCAGACCCUCAAGAUUUUUGCAACCGGGUGGAUGGUCUCCACGAUCUUGGGCAUCAGUUUGGCUUUUGCCUUUCGGCCUCUUUUCCGUCUCAAAAACACUUUCGUGAGUCCUGACGCUAACGCUGUAGGCCUAACUUGCUCAAAUGGUCUCAUGUUGGAGGUGUUGACCAACAACAGCAUUUCCUGUUCUCUCAAUGCUACGGAGCUAUCACCAGCCAAUGCGUUCAUGUUGGAAGACGUGCACAAAGUAUUUGAGACUAACAGCGACGCGGUGAUCACUGAUUUGACGAUUAGUAAGCAGUUGAUCUCAACGUUGGAAUCUGUGGUGUCGAACAACAUCUUCGCGUCGUUGUCCGAUGGCGAUUUACUAGCGAUCAUUGCCUUUGGUAUGGUGUUAGGCUCGAUUGCAGGAAGAAGCUACAUUUCCAAUACUCGUCAAGUAAAUUAUCUGUACUUGGUACUGUUGCAGCUACGCAACACUUUCUUUCUUGCUAUGGAGUGGCUGAUCUGGACUACGCCUGUCGUCGUCGUCUCCAUCAUUGCUGGAGGAUUUGCGUCCAACCAGUAUGCUGUAAGUCAGCUACCGAAUGUUUACAUGUUUCUCUUGGCUUGUAUCUCAGCGACAGCAGUGCAAAUUUUGAUCGUCUACCCAUUUGUCAUUUUUUGCCUCGCUCGCUGUAACCCUUACGGCCACAUGCAACACAUGAUUCGCCCGUAUCUUUUCGCUUUCGGUUCUUCCUCGUCGCUGGCUACUGCUCCUGUAACUCUUAUCUGCAUUCAAAAGGCUCGAUUGUGCUCACAGUCGAUCGCUACGUACGUAGUGUCUGUUGGUGUUGUCGCGAACAUGUCGGGCUCUGGAUGGUACUAUCCAAUUGGUAUUAUAUUUUUGGCCGAGUCAUCCGGCAAUGGCGACAAAAUUACUUUCCUGCGCCUUGUAGCGAUCUUUUUUUUAACGAUUGUAGCAUGUGUUGGGACACCGUCAGUUCCAAACGGUGGCAUGGUGCUUAUGUCUACCAUGUACAAAAUUGUUUUCGGAGUGAGUACACUUCCAUCCACCUGGGCUCUCUAUGUUGCAUUUAAUUUCUUUGCUGACCGUCUAUUGGCCAUUUGCAACGUUAACGACGACAUCAUGGCAGUCAAGGUUAUUGCCGAGAAUACUGACGAAACGGUGGCAGGCAAUCGUCUCAGCCAACCCAACUAA